ACGGGUGUGAGCUAGGAGGACAGCCUCCGACAGGAGGAGCGACCGAGGUGACACCGCAUGGAAAGACAGACGAUGUAGAUCUACUUACGCAAGUUACGGUAUGCAGUCAUGGAGCGUGCGCCCCGAUGAGAACAGUCAGUUGGUUUAGCUCAGACGAACCAGUUGGCUUUAUCCGCUGCUCGCCUUGCGCGCCUUGUUGCUCGUGCUCCGACUCCCUGUCACAGUGGAGCAUAUAAUACCACCUGGCGUCUGCAACAAUGUCUUCUCCUACCGGCAGCUGCUCUGAAACGCUUGACGGCCAUUACGACUACGUGGUGGUGGGUUGCGGCGGUAUUGGCAGCGGAACGCUCUACUGGUUAGCACGGACCUUGGGACAGACGAAACGAAUUCUGGGUCUGGAGCAGUUUGAGCUGGGACACUCCAAUGGCGGCUCUCAGGAUUACUCGCGUAUAGUGCGUCUGAUGUACCAUGUGGAGGCGUACACAAAGCUGGCCAGGGAAGCUAUGGACGCAUGGCACAUAGUGGAGCAGGAAGCCGAGCAUAAGCUUGUCGAUCACUGCGGAAGCAUACAGCUCACAGAGAAAGGCAGUCCGUUCAUGGUUGACACGGUGCAGGCAGCCAUCAAACAAGGCAUGAAGUACGAACACCUGACUGGCAGCGAGUUUAACCGACGCUACCCACAGUUCAAAGUGGACGACUCCGUUGAGGCUCUGAUUGAUCCCGAAGGUGGCUUGGUGGAUGCUGCACAGGCUAAUGCUGUUCACGUGGCACUGGCUCGGCAGCGUGGAGCAACGGUUGUUGACAAGUGCAAGGUGUUCAGAAUACAGCAGCAGAGUGCCUCACGGUUGUAUGAGAUAGCAACAUCUUGUGGCAAGGUCACCGCCGAUAAGAUCAUUGUUACUGCAGGUGCAUGGGCAAAUCAGGCCCUGGGAAAUUUUGGAGUUCACGUCCCGCUGACCAUUACGCAAGAACAGGUCCAGUAUUACGCCACACCGCACAUCCAGGACUUCCUGCCGGCAAAAUUUCCCGUCUGGAUCUGGGUGCAUGACAAUUUGAGUUUCUACGGCCUGCCCAUCCAUGGUAUCAUGGGAGUCAAGAUUGCCAUCGACUGCGGUGGUGCAGCAGUCACAGCCGACCAGAGGAGCUUCACACCAGACAAGCUCAACACAGAGAAGACAGAUGAGUUUGUUAAGAAGUUCUUUCCAAAAGCAUACGGCCCGAAGGCCCUGGUUAAGACAUGCCUCUACACUAUGCCACCGGAUCGUAACUUUGUCGUGGACACCCUGGCUGGAUACGGACACCCGAAUGUGUCAGUCUGUGUUGGCGGUGGACAUGCCUUCAAAUUUGCAAGUGUACUUGGAAAGGUGCUCACUGAUUUGUCAACAAAAGGUCGCACUGCAACAGAUAUUGCACUAUUCUCUCUGUAUCGUACAGCACUGACGGACCCUAAUUAUCCCGAUCUCUGCCGACAGUUUAGCAUAGAAGCUGUGGAAACCAAAAGCAAAUUAUAAAGAUCACUCCAGACUGUGGCAGCGCAGCAGGCAGGGCUUUAGACGGAACAAAUAGCUCCGAGAUGCAAUAAUAUACAUUGUUUUAGGUACCUUCUCCCAUACCCUUUUCUACGUUCCUUCUCCCAUACCCUUUUCUACGUUCCUUCUCCCAUACCCUUUUCAACGUACCUUCCUCCCAUACCCUUUUCCUGCUGGCCUGCUGCAUACACCCAGUAAUCACCUUUUGGUUCUGUUGGCCUGGAUAGCUACUUGCAUGGCCAUAAUUGGCAAUUAUAGCUACCCAGCUGCUUUCCUUACCAGCAUCUAGCAACUUUUCUCUCUUUCUUUCUCUCUUUCUUGUCAGACAAAACACUACCUUUCGUUUUGUCUCCCGACUUAAAGAGUUUCAGCAACUCCAACAUCCAUUUUCACAAUCCUUUCAGAAAACCUGUUUUAUUAUUACUAGAAUACGAAUCACAAUUAUUUGAUACCUGUUUCUUCUACCUGUUUAUUAUUACUAGAAUACGAAUCACAAUUAUUUGAU